AUGGCAAGCUGGGUCUCCCUCCUCCUCCUUUUCCUCGCCUGCCAGUCGACAUCCGCGUCCCAGGAGGGUCUCUUCGAGUUCAUCUCGGACACCCCCAUCGUCAACGUGGUCCAGGACCCGCGCACGGGCCGCGUGUACGCGGGGGCCGUCAACGCCAUUUACCAGCUGGGGCCAUCGCUACGGUUGGAAGCCCGGGCGGAGACGGGCCCCCGAAAGGACUCACGGACGUGCACGCCGCCUGCCUCGGCCUGCCAGGACACCAAGCUCAUGCCCAACAUUAACAAGCUGCUUCUAGUUCACCCGUCCAACGGCUCGCUUAUCGUGUGCGGCAGCCGUUACCGAGGCAUUUGCUCGUUGCUCAAUCUGUCCAACGUGGAGCAGGAGAUGUACUACAGCGACAACAAGGGAGAGAGGACUUACGUUGCCAGCAUCGAGGACAACGUCAACGUAGUGGGCGUCAUGUCCACUUUCGUCAAGGACCAGAACAAAUUCCACGUGUUCCUAGUGGGAAAAGGCUACGGGAGCCUAGACAGCACCAAGAUCAUCACCACCCGCAUUCUGCAGGAUUUCCGCGAAUGGGUGGUGUUCGAGAGCAUCAUUGAGGCCUCCACUAUACAAACAAUGCCCUUCGGGCCAAGGUACCUUCACGACUUCCGGCACGCUUUCGCCGCCGAUGGCUUCGUUUACUUCGUCUUUUCCAGAACUCUGGACGGUACCGAUAAUAAUAACGUGACCUUUGUGUCGCGACUGUGUGAGAACGAUCACCAUUUGUAUUCUCACACGGAGCUCCAGCUCAAGUGCGGUCCGGAUAACCGCUACAGCAAAGUGCAGGCGGCAUACGUGGACUCCCCGGGGAAAGAGCUGAGUCGAGUCAUGACAGAAUCGGGGAUGUACGGGAGGGUCCAGCCUUGGAAUAAAGUUCUCUUCAUGGUGGCAAGCUCGGAAGAUGACCACAGUGAUUCAGCUCUUUGCAUGUAUACUCUCAAUGCCAUCAACGAGCGAUUGGUGGACAUCAUUACUGCCUGUUACAGCGACUCGGGGAAGAUUUCGGGCUUCCCCGCCGUCGACAUUCCGUACUCGUCGAAGACUGCCGAAUUCUGCACUUCCAAAAUUAAGGACACAUUAGAACAGUACAAGUGUGGCGGAGAUUUCCUGCCUACGCCUCUGGCCAGCAAGCCCAGAUUUGCCUUGAAAUCCAACGCAGUGGUCACCAAGCCGGGCCUUCUCACCGCUGUCUCCGUCGCCGUGGAGAACGAUCACACGGUCGCCUUCUUGGGCAACAAUCAGGGAGAAGUCUUUAAGGUUCACCUGACAUCCACGGCGUACGUGUACGGCAAAGCCCCUGGCGACACCUUGGGGGAGAAGGUGAACAAGAACCUUUUCUUCGACACAGAUCAAAACCACCUCUACAUCACAACGGACAAAAAGAUCACCAAGGUGCCCGUGGAGACGUGCCUGCAGAAGAAGGAUUGCCAUUCCUGCGUGAAUAUGAGGGACCCUUACUGUGGCUGGUGUGUGCUGGAGGGCAGGUGCACCAGGAGGUCUGAGUGCCGGCGGGCAGAGGAAAAGAAUGGCUGGCUGUGGAGCCCGAGGCAGCAAUGUGUCAAGAUCGUCUCCUUCUACCCUCCCAACCUCUCCUGCAAAAAGAGCCAGAAGGUGAAGAUCAACAUCUCUUCCCUACCCGCCAUCGGCCCCUCGGACCGUCUGCGCUGCUCUUUCGAGUCAUUCCACAGUGAAGGCGUCAUGUCCGACUCCGGUCAGGUCUCGUGUGACCUGCCCCACCCGUCGCUCAUUCCGCACACCACAGAACACCAAGACUUUGUGGCCGUUCCAGUGAAGAUCUUGGUCAACGAGACAGUGAAGUUGGCGGUACGCGACUACCAGUUCUACAACUGCGCGGCCACCAUAAUGAAGUCUGAGAACACACCGUGCAUGUCAUGCGUGGCCAGUCCGUGGGUGUGCCAGUGGAACACGCACGACCACACCUGCAGCGACGGUGACAACAGUGCGCCUGCUGCUCACAUCAUCAAGCACCGACAGGGAUUGAGGUGUCCUCGGUUCGAGAAUCCUGACCCUACGCUGAUCCCGGUGGGCUUCAAGAAGUCAAUCUUCUUCGAAGGCAUCAAUCUGGACCUUUACCAGGGCCGUGUUUUCACCAUCGGCACGGAGCUCAUGAAGAACGUGGAAGAGGAGGUCAACUUUGAUGGAGCUUUCUACACUUUCAGUGGCUUCAACUUUUCCUACGAUAAGUCGCCGGAGACCAAUGUUGUUCUUUACGUGAAAGAAAAGGAGCUGGGCAAGAAGAUGGACAGCACACUAAACGUCACGCUGUACAAUUGCUCGGUUGGACGUGAGGACUGCAGUUUGUGUAAGAACGCCGACCUCAAGUACAGAUGUGUAUGGUGCACCAAGCACAAGGCGUGCGUGUACGAGCAGCUGUGCGUGCCGGACCAGCACGACGCAGAGGACCCCCAUGACGCUGAGUGUCCCGCCCCCCGGAUCACGGAUAUCAUUCCUCGUUUCGGCCCCCUGCUGGGGGGCAUCGCCAUCACCAUCCGUGGCUCCAACCUGGGAAUCCACAAGGAAGACAUUGAACGGAUCACAGUGGUCGGGGAGCCCUGCAUUCACCAGCAGGACAAGUACUCCGUCUCCACCAGUGUGGUGUGCGAGAUUGGCCCCGUGGCGCCCGACACGCAGUACUGGGGCAAGGUGGACGUGGAGGUGAAGGGCGGAAAGAAAGGAACCUCCGACAUGUUCUUUACCUACAGGAACCCCAUCCCUGAGGCUGUGAUGCCUAGGCGAGGGCCAAAAGCCGGAGGCACCCUCAUCACCAUCAGCGGACGCUUUCUGGACACGGGGAGUAAGGAUGAUAUCCAGGUCACCGUCGGAGACGUGGACUGCACUGUAGAGCACUUUGGAGAAGAAAUCACCUGCAGAACGGGAAAGUAUCAGGCUGAUAAGGUGCCCUCUGACCCGCUGACUGUCACAGUGAAGUACGGGAGGAUUGCCGUGACACACAUUCACAGUGCCUUCCAGUUUUUGGAAAACCCCACAGUGCUGGACUACCAGCCCAAAGCUAGCUUUGUAUGCGGCGGGAGAAACAUUGUGGUGACUGGCUCGGGUUUCGACAUCAUCCAGAGAGCCAUCAUGAUGGUCCAGGGAGACAACUCGACAUCAUUUGAGGUUUGUGUGAGUGUCGCCCACGAAAAGAACGAUACGGUCAUCCAGUUUCGCUCGCCUCCAGUCAACGACUCGCUAAGUCAGCAAGCCAGGACGUACAUCAAGCUGGACAAUUGGGAAAAGGAGCUAAGGAGCUUUGACUACCACCCAGACCCCAUCUUCUACGAGCUGCCCAAGACGGUCUUCACAGAGUCCAGCAUGAUCAUCGUCAAGGGUCGAGGAUUCUUAAAAGCCAUGACAGCCAAGGAAGCUCAGGGCUUCGUGGGUGACGUUCCCUGUGUGGUCAACACUCUCCAAGAUGAGAAGUUGUUCCUGGACCCACCUUCCAGGAAGCCCAGCGCUCGCUCCCGAAGACAACGCCGCGACACUCGGCCUAAGCUGUUGGACCUCAUGAUCAAGUUUGGCAAAGGGGAGUGGGUAGUGGGUUCCGUGCAGUACGAGACCAAGAAUGAUUUGUCGCUUUACAUCAUCAUCCCCGCUGUCAUCGUUCCCAUGCUGCUCAUCAUCGCUAUCUCUGUCUACUGCUACAGGAGGAAGAGUCAACAGGCUGAGAGGGAGUACGAGAAGGUAAAACACCAGCUGGAGAACUUGGAAGAGAGCGUGCGAGACCGCUGCAAGAAAGAGUUCACAGACCUGAUGAUCGAAAUGGAGGACCACACCAACGACCUGAGCGAGGGUCGCAUUCCCUUCCUGGACUACAAGACCUACACGGAUCGCGUCUUUUUCCUGCCCUCCAAAGACGGCGCCAAUGACGUGAUGAUUACGGGCAAGCUGGACAUUCCUGAGGCUCGGCGGGCCAUCGUGAUGCAGGCGCUCAAUCAGUUCUCCAACCUCCUCAACUCCAAGACAUUUCUUAUCAAUUUUAUCCGCACGCUGGAACGUAGUCAUGACUUCAACGCCAGGGCCAAGGUGUAUUUCGCCUCCCUACUGACGGUAGCGCUGCACGGCAAGCUGGAGUACUACACGGACAUCAUGCGGACCCUGUUGCUGGAGCUCAUGGAAGAAUAUGUGCACAGCAAAAACCCAAAACUAAUGCUGCGCCGAUCAGAGACAGUGGUGGAAAGGAUGUUGUGCAACUGGAUGUCAAUCUGCCUUUACCAGUUCUUAAAGGACUCUGCAGGUGAGCCCUUGUACAAAUUGUUCCGCGCCAUCAAGCACCAGAUUGAGAAAGGACCAGUGGACGCCCGCGUCAAGAAAGCCAAGUACACCUUGAACGACACUGGCCUGCUGGGCGAUGACGUGGAGUAUUCUGUGCUGACUCUUCAGGUGCUGGUGCAGGGAGAGGGUCCGGACGUGACGCCUGUCAAAGUUCUGAGCUGCGACACCAUCUCACAGGUGAAGGAGAAGAUAAUCGAGCAAGUGUAUAGGAACCUGCCCUACUCUGCGCGGCCCAAAGUUGACAGCGUCACGCUGGAGUGGAGGCCAGGCUCCACGGGUCAGAUUUUAUCCGAUCUGGACUUGACAUCGCAGAAAGAAGGCAGAUGGAAACGUGUCAACACACUGGCUCACUACAAUGUCCGCGACAACGCCACCCUGGUUUUGUCACGAGUACUUCAAACAAAUCAGAACUACGAGCAGAACCAGGAAAACCACGAAGAGCGAAAUGCACUGUUGGAAGACGACAAGGUGUUUCACCUGGUGAGGCCCACCGACGAACUUGACGAAAUCAAGUCCAAGCGUGGCAGUAUUAAGGACAAGUCCAUGACCAAAGCCAUCACGGAGAUUUAUCUCACUCGACUGCUCUCUGUCAAGGGAACACUUCAGCAGUUUGUGAAUGACUUCUUCCAAAGUGUGUUGUGCUCCGGGGCAGUGGUGCCGCCGGCGGUCAAAUACUUUUUUGACUUCCUGGACGAGCAAGCGUUGAAGCACAACAACGUGGAUGAUGAGACCAUCCACAUUUGGAAGACCAACAGCUUGCCUCUGCGCUUCUGGGUGAACAUCCUCAAGAACCCCCACUUCAUCUUUGACGUCCACGUGUCGGAAGUGGUGGACGCCUCGCUGUCUGUUAUCGCCCAGACCUUUAUGGAUGCCUGCACCAAGACAGAGCACAAGCUCAGUCGGGACUCCCCGAGUAACAAACUUCUCUAUGCAAAGGAGAUCUCGACCUACAAGAAGAUGGUGGAUGAUUAUUACAAGGGCAUCAGACAGAUGGUCCCCGUCAGUGACCAGGACAUGAACACUCAUCUGGCAGAGGUCUCGCGGUCUCACACGGACAAACUCAACACACAAGUGGCUCUCCAUCAGCUCUACCGAUACGCAAGCAAGUACUACGACGGGAUCAUCUCAUCCCUGGAUGAUGAUCCAGCAGCGCAGAGUAAGCAGCUGACCGUGCGGCUCCAGCAGAUAGCAGCCGCCCUGGAAAACAAAGUGACUGAUCUCUAA